AUGACAAGUGAUAUAGUUAGAAAUAAACCUUUACUUCAUAUUAAACAUAAUCAUCAAUCAACAACAACAAAACAAUCUGAAACAAAUUCGAAUUCUAGAACACAAAGUCACUUACCAGAACAAAAUACAUCAUUAGCUAAGAUAUCAUCGAAUUUUAAAGAUUUUAAGAAUAAAAUUAGUAAAGAAUUACAAAGAAAAGGUGAGGAUAAAAGAGGGAAUUUGAAAUUAGAUGAAAUUCCAAGAUCUUUGCCAAUUGAUCCCAAUAAAGAAUUUAGUAGAGUUCAAAAUCAAAUACCAAAAGAUAUAGAAGAACAUCUUAAAACUCACAAUGAUUAUACUGUCAUUCAUUAUCAUCAGAAACCACUGGGCAUCAAUGAAUUUCCAGAUACUCACUAUUGUCCAUUAGACCCAAACGAAAUUGAAUAUUAUCAAUCACUUUUUCAACAUCAACAAGAGAACUCUAGUAUUCCUCAGCCAAAUCAAGUUGAACAAAUUGAUGUCUAUGAAUAUUUGAACCCAAGACAUGCAACUAACAUGACCUACAAUGAAAAAAUCACAAAUUGGUUAACAUCUAUUCCCUUAGUUAUCAAAUGUAAUGAGGACACAAAUGAUGGAAAUGUUGGUCCAAGAUACAAGUUUGAUUGUUAUCCCGGUACAGUAUCUCAUUCAAUUACCCCCUCUGAUUCUUCCAAUGCUGACAUAAAUUUAAUUGAUGUUGAUGAUAUCAUCGAAAUGCAAGCUCAAAAAGUAACAAAAUAUGUGACGAGAUUAUAUCACAACGAACUGGAACCUAAUGAUCAACUGAUUGAAGAUGAUUGUUCUGAUGCAAUCGAUGAAGAUGAUAAUGAGAGUCACUAUAAAUUACCCCCCAAGUCUAAGAUUCAAAAGCUUUUUCCAAACAAAGGAGAGAAUUAA